AUGUGGGGUCCACACCCUGUAGACCGAUUUGCUACACACUAUAAUUGCAAGUGUCGGAGAUUUAAUUCAAAAUGGUGGGUACCUGGUACAGAGGGUAUUUAUUGUUUUGAUCAGGUGUGGAAGAAUGAAAAUAAUUGGUUGGUACCACCACCAAGCGUCGUUGCUAAGACGAUAGUAAAACAAGAAAUAGAGAAGUGUGUUGGUGUUGGCUUAACACGAAAUCUGAAAAAUCAAUUUCUGGAUGCCGGAGUUCCAGUGAGAAAUAUUGAUAAUGUAGUGGGCAGGAUGGCCGAUCAAAUUUUACAUUCCAGAGCGGAUGGAACUAUUUCAAAGUAUUAUUCACAUGUUAAACAAUUUAAAGAGUUUUGUUCAAAACACGGAUUUCAAGCUUACCCAGCUUUUCCUAUCCAUGUAGCGAUGUAUCUUUCGGAGUUAAUAGAUUUACAUAAAUCUGACACUGUUGUUUCAGCAGCGUUUUACGCAAUUAGGUGGUUACAUGAAAUAAACGAUUUAACUGAUCCCACAAAGAAUGCCAUUGUGAUUAGAAUGCUUGAAUGUGCAAAAAGAACAAACUCUAAGCCUGUACAGAAGAAAGAUGUUUUAUUGCCGGAACAUUUAGUGAAACUUUGUGACUUAUUUUCAACAACAAAAGACAUUAUAGUUUUAAGAGACUUAACAAUGAUUCUUUUGUGUUUUGCUGCUUUCUUUAGAUAUAAUGAAGUUAGUGAUUUACGAUGUUGUGAUGUUAAAUUUUUUGCUGAUUACAUAGAGGUUUUUGUUAAGAAAAGCAAAACAGAUGUAUAUCGAGAAGGCAAGUACGUAGUAAUUGCUAAAGGGGUCACUAGUGCGUGUCCGGUUGCUAUGUUACAACGAUACAUGAAUUGUGCCG